UAGGGAACAAAGUGUUUUUCACGGACGAGACGCAGUUCCUUGAUGACUUGAACAGGUGGAGUCUACUUCUCAUUUCUCCUUUUAUUUGUCCUGAUAAGUUACUUAAAGCAGGACAUAUAGCUUUUGUGACAGAAAGCAUUUCAGCUCAGACAGAUAACUUGCAGAAAGUACCUGGCUCUUCGAAAGAGAUUGUGAAGUGGUCAGACUAUUGUUCACCAUUGGCCUAUAAACCUGGUGAGCCUUACAAGUUAAUUGCUGAAGCAAGCAUAGAUAAUUUCAGUAACCUUGGAAUAGCAUUCAUGGAAGACAGGCUUCAAAUGGAUAAUGGAAUGGUGCCACACAAGAUUGUUUCUGUCCAUUUACAGGAAUCUACUCUGAAGGAGUUGGCAGAGGUAGAACCAUCUGUAGAAGAGCAAAGUGUAAGCAGUACACAAAUGGAUGAAGUAACUCCUGCUGCUACUUUUGGGACUACUCUUAAAUCAGGAUUAGGAGUAGUGGAGACUACAGGACAAGAUGAAGAGGAGAAAUCCAAGCUGGAGAAAGAGAGUGAGUCUGAAGAUGAAUCUAACAGUUUAUCUGACAAAGAGAUAGAUGCUGGAGAACAUCAUCACUUGCAUCUUUCCAGCUGUCAUGAAUGCCUGCAACUUGAAAACAGUACUAUUGAAUCAGUCAGAUAUGCCUCUGCAGAAGACAUUCCAGAACUUUCUGAUGAUUGCAGUAGCACACGGGAAGAGAAUGAUGGUUGUCUAGCAAGAGGAAUUAAGAGAGUAAACCUUUCUGGAAAGCCCCCUAAUAUAUUGAUUUAUCUUGGCUCUAAAACUGCAAAAGUGGAGUUUGAGCAGGUAAAAUCAGUCCUUCAGGAAUGCAUUGAUGUAGACAGCUACACCAUCUACCAUCUGCAUGAGGAACAAGUUCUGAAAGCUCCGUGGGUUGAUAAUUCAGUGCUGUUGAUUAUUGCCACAGAUGAGCCUAUUUCUGAGGAGAACCACAAACAAUUUAUGAAGUUUUUAUCUAAAGGUGGAAAGAUUCUAGGGUUUUCUUCAUCUUUCACAUUUGAUGGCAUACAAAUAAAAAACAAACUGAAGAAGGCUGUUCAUGAAUUAGUGGUCUCUAAAAUGGACAGCACUGAAAUUAAGUUAAAUCUCUUGGUCAGUGGCUGUAUUUUUGAGGAAGUGAUGAAAGAAGAUACAAGCAAAGUGAAGAUACUGAGUCGAUUAAAUAAUGCUGAUAAAGAUACAGUUAUUGUUCAUCUAUCUUAUGGAGACAGUGGAGGAGAAGCCAUUCUUUCUCAGGCAUACUUGGAACUGGAUAUCAAUUCUAUGGAUGUCCAAACCGAAGAGGAUUUUAAUUUGCUUAAGAUAAGCAAUACCAAGAGAUACGAAGUUCUGAAGGAGAUCCUGAUAUCACUUGGACUGAAUUGUGAAUUAAGUAAAAUUCCUAUGUUGACACCUAUUUACCUUCUCUCUUCUGAUGAGGAAAUCCGUCUUGCUUUUCUGAAAUGGCUCGAGGGAAAUGUAGACGCUGAAGGAUUAAGAGCAUCCAGCAAGGUGUCUCUUAAAUUUGUUUCAUCCUGUGAAUCAAAAAUGGAGAUAACACCAUCUCUCAUGCCAGUCAUCACUGAGACAGGAAGCUUCUCAUCUGAACAUUUCAACCUGAAGACAUAUCAACAGAAUCUUCAAACAAAGAAGCUUGGAAAGAUUCUUCUUUUUAGUGAAGUUACCACGACAACACAGAAUCUUCUAGAUGGGUAA